CCGACAUUCCAAAGUCAUUGCACUAGUAACAACUCUUUCCCUUUGCCAUUUUCAUUGUUCAACUAGCCUGUUCUUUCGUUAAACGUCAGCCCGAUCCAAUUCGCUCCGGUUUCUCAUGGACGACCACUCCUUAAAAACCGAGGCCCACCCGGCUUCCUCGUCGGAUGCGCAGAGUUUUAGCAGAAUUAACCGCUCGAAAACGUCCAUUGACGAUGCACUUGGGAGCUCUAGUCGAAGCAAUGGCCGCUCGUCGUCGAUCGACUCCACUUCCGACAGACCUAAGUCUCAGGCAGGAGAGGGAACUGAUUCCGCAAAGGCUGGCCCUAGCGGAUUUUCAAAACUCCUCGCCACUAGGAAGAAGCGCAAGAAGAAGGAAAACCAAAAACACGCGGAAGAGCUACCGACUCAAUUUGAAAUAGAAGAGAAGAAUAUACAAGAAAGACCGGAUGAGCCUCCGGAGAGGCCUCUGUCAGCACCCAGGAAUGUUGGCCAAAGCGUCCCAAACGAUGCUGUCAAUAUUUUGACUGACGACUCUGAACCGGAUCGGACCCCGCUCACUUCGCAAAACUCCCAUACUGGCUUCUACACAAGUUCCUCGCUGCUAAUAAAGACGACAUCCACGGACGCCAAUGAUACUGAUGGUGGUCAGGCCGAUGUUGAAUCCGCUGUCAGUGGGCCAAGUGUCGCUGGCCAUUCGGAGUCCAACGCAGACACGGAUCUCUUCAGGCCGACUUCUCAACCGAGCUCGACAUUGGGUGUCCCAGAAGAUCAUACAGGCAAGAAAAGAAGUGUCUCACCAGGACGACGGUGGAAAGGUGCGUUCAGCUCGAGCCAGGAUAAGAAAGAUUCCAGUCGCGAUCGAGCAUCCUCCACUCCAAGCGAGGGCAAGAAAGGCGGUCUAUUUGGAAGCAGUAGGAGAAGCAGUACAUCCUCGAAGAAAGCUCCAAGCAUUCUCGCCGAAUCCCCACCGCCUCUACCGCCUCUAAUUCAUACGGAUAUCAAGGAAGACAAAUCUGUUCAGCCCUCAGACCAUCUUGCGCCAAGCACACCUCCCCGCCGUACUACCCCGGCCCCCCACACUACAGUGACCCCUCCUACUCCUCGAACUGAGGCUGCGCAUCUUUUCGCAUCUCCGGAUGUCACUGAAUCGCCUGAUUCGCUGAAAGGGAAAGAUCCACUGCCAGUGGGAGUUGUCGUGAGCCCAUCGGGGAAUAUGAUCUCCCACCGGCGUGUGCGAUCUACUUCUUCGGUCAGCCACAAACCUAGUAAGUUGUCAAACUCAGUAUCGGCUCUGGGCCCAACUAUUGAGGAAGCGAAGGCGGCUUCAAAAGUCACACCUGGCGCCCAACAAAUCGGAUUUUUCUCUUCCGUCUUUUCUGCGGCACAAAACGCAGCUUCGACACUUAGCAGCAGUCUCAAUUCACAGUCGAAGGCCCGCAACCCCUCUCAAAUGGAGUCUGAGAAUGCCUCAGCCAAAGACGGGGGAAGUAGCCAGAAAGAGGCGCAGGAUUCUAGCCAGUCCGAGCAAAAAAAGCCACUAGCAAUCGAGACAUUAGGGUCUGGGGAUCUUGACUUCAGCCACUUGGACAUUGCUGUCCCGCCUGGCGGAUCCGUCUCAACACCCGACGGGGUCGUUAUUACGAAGCCGGAAAUACCAGCCGAGAAACGCAAAAAUGCGGCAGUCCAUCAGCGAGAUGAGGAGGCGGCAAGGCUUGAGGAUCGACAUGCUGCGCGUGCGGUCACCAUAGCCUACGAAAAGCCGUCUGAAGUUUCGGUGGUUCCACCAUCGGAUGAAAGUCUGGAACUUCAAUCUACAAGCUCGUUUCCGAGAGACGCUACUGGCGACCACACCUCUCCAAGUGGUAGCAUACUAGAUGGUGAGCCCAACGUCCGACCUUCUCGUAGUGGGAGCGUACGUAGCCGCCUAACUCGGCGGCGUCAUCGAGGCUCCUCGGCUGCGACUACAUCAACCGCUGCUGCCGCUGGGGCCAGCAUGAUGGCACUAGGCAUUCCAGGUGGGAACGCAAGUGUGCCACGAUUGACUGGGUUUGCGGUUGCUAGCAAAAAGCGAAACCGAGACUUCCACCAGCUGUUCCGUAGUGUCCCUGAAGAUGAUUACUUGAUUGAGGAUUACAGCUGUGCCUUGCAACGAGAGAUCAUUUUGGCAGGACGAAUCUAUGUAUCGGAGGGCCACAUUUGCUUCUCCAGUAAUAUCUUGGGUUGGGUAACGACCCUAGUAAUCAGCUUUGACGAGAUUGUUGCGGUCGAGAAAGAGUCGACGGCCAUGGUGUUUCCAAACGCGAUUGCUAUUCAAACUUUACAUGCUCGCCACACUUUUCGAAGCUUGCUCAGCCGAGAGUCCACCUACGACUUGAUGGUUAAUAUAUGGAAGAUCAACCACCCGGCCCUCAAAAGUUCAGUAAAUGGCACCAGAGUCGACCAGGGUACAGGGGACAAAACGGAGAAGGCUGCGGAGGAGAGCGACGCCGCAAGUGAAGAGGAAGACGAGAUUUAUGAUGAGGAUGAAGACGGCGAUAACGCCGAUAGUUUCUUCGAGCCUGGCGAUGCCAGCGUCAAUGGAAGUGAUAAGUCACUGCCAAUCAAAGGCCUCAGCCGACAAGCCUCCGGGAACCUCCCGGUCAAUGGUACAGUACCAGCAACGUCGAAUACGAAUGGUGAUUCUAAAGGUGGCAAACCAUCGAACGAAGAUGCGGGCAAAGACUUUCCCGGUCCUGCUACCCAUGCCCCCACAGCGUACACUGAUCCUGCCGGCCAGUACGACAAAGUGGUCAAAGAUGAAAUUAUCCCCGCCCCUCUUGGGAAGGUUUAUUCUUAUGUUUUUGGACCGGAGUCGACAAACUUCAUACCCAAAUUUCUUGUAGACAACCAGAAAUCUGGCGAGCUCCAAUUCGAUCUCGAGGGUGGUGGUCUUACCAAUGAAAGCAGGACGAGGCAGUACUCGUACAUUAAACCACUCAAUGGAUCUAUCGGCCCUAGGCAAACCAAGUGUAUCAGCACCGAAACCCUGGACUUCUUAGACUUGGAGAAGGCAGUUCUCGUUACACUAAGCACUCAGACUCCUGACGUGCCUAGUGGUAACGUAUUCUGCACCAAAACAAAAUACCUAUUCACUUGGGCUGCAAAUAAUCAGACGCGUUUCUUAAUGACAUGCACGAUUGAGUGGUCCGGGAAAAGUUGGCUGAAGGGUCCAAUUGAAAAAGGUGCUAUGGAUGGUCAGUCGAGUUUUGGGAGUGAGCUGCUCAAUGCGCUGAGGGUGGCUGUUACACCUCGUGGCCGCGUAGCCUCCAAGGCAGCUGGGAAAGGAAAAGGACGCCGCAAGAAGGGCGAUGUAGCCGCUGAGGAAGCAGCUGCAGCCGCUGUUAAGGCAGCUAGCGAUACGAGCGCGCAACAAGCACAGAACUGGGGACCUCUCGAGCCAGUCCGAGGAAUACUAGAACCUGUAACUAGUGUUCUUAAACCCUUGUGGAACGGAAACUUAGCUGUUCUGGUCGUUGGUAUCUUACUUUUCCUCAUCUUUUUCCGGUCUCCAUCGCAGCCGUCGAUGUUGUCACACGAAAUUGGAUGUCCUGGCUAUUCGUUACCCCAGAGACUGGCCGCAUAUGAAGAGAUGUGGCGAAGAGAAGAGAGUGAACUGUGGGGUUGGUUGGAGGACCGCGUGGGGAUGGACAGCCUGGCGUUCCCAACUGUCAACAGACCAGGCGAAUUACGGGCGCAUGAGAGGGCCCGCAAGGUUCAGAGUGGUCGUGACUACAGCAAUAAGUUAGACAACGAGAAGAUGUCGGUCCGGGAGAUGGACUACGCUAUACGUACGACCCGGGAGAGGCUUGACACUCUCGAGAAGAUCCUGGUCGAUAGAAAAAAGCAAGCGACGGCAGGGGCAGACGACGCCAUACACACCGAAUUGUAGAGGUCACUGGGUUAGUUAUCUGCCUGCUGCGAAGGUAGCAGCUACCAACAUGAAGAAACAUUGUACUGAGCUCCUGUAUGGUCGAGCUCAGCGCCACUCACUCCACUUUUCCUUUUUUUUUUUAUUGAUUGGAUUUAUCAUCUUUUUGUUUCAGCGGGUGCUCGGUGUUCGAAAGC